GAAUCAGUAAAUGCCGUUGACGAAGUGAUUGAAGAAACAUGGAAGGUUCCUUUAACUAUGAUUUUAAAGCUUCUGGAUGAAUGACAUUAACUAAUAUUUUGCCUUAAUUUUCCAGGGCACCUGAGGCUUUUUGAAGGUUUAGCCUUUAGGUUAUUCCUGUUAUUUACCCCAAUUAUGAUAGUCUCGAGUUUUUCUUAAAUAAUCGGUUAUGCCUCGUUAGCGCUAAAUUUCCAGCACUACAUUUUGUUUCCCUCAUUUUGUGUGAACUUUAGCUGUUGUUUUAUAUAUGUCAUGCAAGUGCAGCGUCAGCGCGUUUUAAAAAACUUCUGGUAAAAUCGAAAGAUUGUCAUAUAAUUGGGAGAUCUUUUGAAACCGGGUGAUCAACUCGAAAGUACUAUCACAUGACACUGGUCGAGUGACCAAGCGUCACGUCGAAGGAAGGUGUCAUAAAUGAAGACGCAACUGUAACUACAGCGACAUCUAGUAAAACAUGUACAACGUAAACAAGGAUUUUACCGACUUCGUCGGCAGCUGGGAGCAUACGAGUCCGAUCGUCGCAGGGGCUUCGUCUCAAGCUUACCUCAGUGAACUUGAACACGCAACGAAAGCUGGUAAUUUAGCGACCUCUGCGCAAGUUGCCUUCAUCGUGGGUAGAACAGCACUGAAAGCAAUCCCGAGCUCCUUUGUGCUGAUCGUCACUGCUGUGGCAAUUUGCAAUGUUUACGGAUACGUCAAGAAAUUGCAACGGUCUUGCGGAGAGUACCAACCUGGGAAUGCUGGUGCGGCAGGGGAUGGUGGGGAAUGCGGUGUUUACGACGAGGAUACUUCGAAAUGCGACGCAGCAGACGGAUUUGAGUCUGAUCCCGCAAGCUUAAGGAGUAGAGGUUUGGUUGCGAGUGGCGACAUCUCUGAAAUCGUCAAGAAAGCCGCCGGGCUGAAAACUCUGCCUUACGAGAGAAUAGAAACCCCUGGGAUAGACCCCUACGUUUGGUCUCCUCCGCAGUCAAUUUUCAUACCUUCUGGGUCAAAUUCAGAAACUGCGGAAGACGAGACUGAAGGACGACCAGCUCAACUGAAACCCCUAGCACGACAAUCCGAAAAACGGAAGGAUAUUCCCUACGAAAGAAUUUCAACUCCGGGUCACGAUCCCUAUUUGUGGGAUCCGCCAACUUCAAUUUUUCAUCCAUCACCAACGCCGCCAGGGACGCCAUUUCCCGCCACUUAUCAGCCGCCGCCGCCGCCGCCGCUGCCGCCCAACGACGACUACGAUUCUACUCUGUCUUCGAGUGAAGACGGAUGAGUUGCCUGAACUUACUCAAGUGAACCAGGUGUCGCUUUUAUCAUGUAGUUUUCUGUGUUUUCUUUUCCUUGUUCGUGUCCUUGUUCGCUGUUCCGUUUUCAUUGGUUGCUUAAUCCUUCCGACGCGGUGUUUAUCCUCGAGAUGUGCAGUGUGUUCAGUAAACCGAGUUACUCACCCGAGAAGUCAGAAA